GAGUGAGACGUCCUCCUCCUGGCAAAGCAGGCUAUGGCCUCGAUUCAGUUCACGACACGCGCGCGCCGCUGGCCUGGCUCACUCGCAUAUGCCACGCCCAUGGCUUUCUCAAGCACACGUUCCCGGAUGGAACUCUGGGUGCAGGGCCCACGCCCACGCCCAAGCUCACGCCCACACGUCCCCCUUCUGCUCCGUUCGCUCCUUCCUCUUGGUCAAUAAUAAAAAGGAUGGCUCGUUCCCUCCUCGCCGCGUUUGUGCCCGUUUCCCUUUCUGCUACAUCGUCCGUCCAUCUUCGACUUGUCUCACGGCGACUACGCACCCCCCCUCCCCCCCAAGCAAGACAAUAGAGAGUCUGUGUCUCUCGCGUCGUGGGGCAGUUUCCUUCUUCUCCUGAGGAGCCACCCCUUUAUCAAGGCAACCCUGUCCAGCAGUAACAAGGCACGCCGCAGCAGCAACAACCUGCUUCAACAAUGGCCGACACGCUUGAGAAGCCAACCGAGGACCGCCGACCCUCGGCCAUCCUCCACACCGCGGAGGAUGUCGAGCAUAUCGAGGCUCCAGUCACCUGGAAGGCCUACCUUCUCUGCGCCUUCGCCUCCUUCGGUGGUAUCUUCUUCGGUUACGAUUCCGGUUACAUCAAUGGUGUCCUCGGCUCCCAGAUCUUCAUCGAUGCCGUCAUGGGUAGCGGCCACAAGGCCGUCUCCGAGAGCAAGACCUCCCUGAUCGUCUCCAUUCUGUCCUGCGGUACCUUCUUCGGCGCUCUCAUUGCUGGCGAUGUCGCCGACUGGAUUGGCCGCAAGUGGACUGUCAUCAUUGGCUGCUUCAUCUACAUGGUCGGUUGCAUUGUCCAGAUGGUUACCAGCCCGUCAAACGCCCUUGGCCCCAUUGUUGCCGGUCGUCUUGUUGCCGGUCUCGGUGUCGGUUUCGAGUCUGCCAUUGUCAUUUUGUACAUGUCCGAGAUUUGCCCCCGCAAGGUCCGUGGUGCCCUCGUUGCCGGAUACCAGUUCUGCAUCACCAUCGGUAUCAUGCUUGCCUCGAUCGUCGUCUACGCCACCAAGACUCGCACCGACACCGGCGCCUACCGCAUCCCCAUCGCUAUUCAGUUCCCCUGGGCCGUGAUCCUGGGUGGUGGUCUCCUUUUCCUCCCCGACUCGCCCCGUUACUUCGUCAAGAAGGGCCAGAUCAACAAGGCUAUUUCUGCCCUCUCCCGCGUCCGUGGCCAGCCCGAGAACUCCGAGUACGUCCAGAGCGAGAUUGCCGAGAUUAUCGCCAACGAGGAGUACGAGCGCGCGCUCAUCCCCUCCACCACCUGGUUCGGCAGCUGGGCCAACUGCUUCAAGGGCGGCCUGUGGCAGUCCAAGUCUAACCUUCGUCGCACCAUUCUCGGCACUUCGCUCCAGAUGAUGCAGCAGUGGACCGGUGUCAACUUCAUCUUCUACUACUCGACUCCCUUCCUCCAGACCACCGGUGCCAUUGAGAACACCUUCCUCAUCUCCCUCAUCUUCACCCUGGUCAACGUCUGCUCGACGCCCCUGUCUUUCUGGACCGUCGAGCGCUUCGGACGCCGCACCAUUCUCAUCUACGGCGCCCUGGGCAUGCUCAUCUGCCAGUUCCUCGUCGCCAUCAUCGGCGUCACCAUUGGCUUCAACAAGACCCACCCUGACCCGACCAACCCCAUUGGCCGCAGCGCCGACAACAUCAGCGCCGUCAACGCCCAGAUCGCCUUCAUCGCCAUCUUCAUCUUCUUCUUCGCGUCCACCUGGGGCCCUGGCGCUUGGAUCGUCAUUGGCGAGAUCUUCCCCCUGCCUAUCCGCUCCCGCGGUGUCGGUCUGUCCACUGCCUCCAACUGGCUGUGGAACACCAUCAUCGCCGUCAUCACUCCCUACAUGGUUGGUGAGGACAAGGGCAACAUGAGGUCGUCUGUGUUCUUUGUAUGGGGUGGUCUCUGCACCUGCGCCUUCGUCUACUCGUACUUCCUUGUCCCCGAGACCAAGGGACUGUCCCUGGAGCAGGUCGACAAGAUGAUGGAGGAGACGACUCCCCGCGAGUCAGCCAAGUGGAAGCCCACCACCACCUUUGCUUCUACCAUCGGCGCUGGCGAGUACAUGGAGAAGGCCACGGUCUGAGAAAGUUAUCAAUCGUUGCUUCAUUGCGCGUACCACUGGUUGUGAUGGAGUGGAGACUCGCGCACGUUCAUACCCCGAGAGGUGCUUGAGAGAUACGAGAACGCAUUCUAAUGACUUGUCACAUGAGAUGUAAAUUUGGCGGCUAAGACGC